AUGGCUGAAGAACACCUGGGGCAGUUGGAGGGGCAGAGCUGCAGAGAGACGGUGCAGUGUGGCCUCCUCUCUUGCUUCUCUCUCAUCCCCUUUGGGUAUUGGUGCCAUUCUGUGGCAGUCACCCAGGACCUUCUUGAGUCAGAAGAGGAGCACCAAGAAAUGGGUAGAGUUCGUCGUUUGUUGGACCUUCCUACCUGUGAACUCUCCAGACUUGGAGAGAUUGCAGACCUAGUGACCUCUGCUCGCCUCUCACGCAUCCGUAAGAGAAGGCUAGCACUGGCCUUGAGGAAUGAAGACUAUAUUCCAAAGCUGCUACAGCUUUUCCAAGUCUGUGAGCGUGAAAAGAACACCAAAGGCUUGCAUCUUCUGUUUGACAUUGUGAGAGGAAUUCUGUACCUGGACAGCUCCAUUCUGUUUGAGGUGAUGUUUUCUGAUGAGUGUAUUCUGGAUGUUGCCGGAUGCCUUGAGUAUGAUCCUUGUUUGACUCAGCCAGGAUGCCACAGGGAAUUCUUGACCAAAAGAGCAAAGCUUCAGGAGGUUAUUCCUACCAGAGAUCCUGAAAUCAAGCAAAAAAUCCACCAGGUGUACAGGGCACAGUACAUUCAGGCCAUAAUCAUGCCUGAUCCAUCGGAUUUUGAAGAGGGUUUUCUUUCUACCCUCAAUUCCUUCAUCAGCUCUGGCAAGGAGGAGAUUUUACAUGGGUUGCAGCAGGAUGAGGAAUUUUUGCCUGAAGUUUUGGCACAAUUAAAAAAUGAAGCUACAACUGGCGAGCAACGAUGUGAAUUGAUGAAGUUUUUCAAGGAAUUCUGUGCCUUUUCGUUCAUGUUACCUAAGAAAAUAGAUGAAUUUCUUCAAACUUUGGCAAAGUUGAGAUUUCUUCAAACUCUUGAAAUGUUAAUGGGAGUGGAUGAUCUGCAAGUUAGAUCUGCUGCUACAGAUAUAUUGUCUUAUCUAGUAGAAUUUAGUCCAGACAUGGUCCAAGAAUUUGUAAUGCAAGAGGCCCGACAGAAUGAGAAUGAUACCCAGCUCAUCACUGAGAUCAUUAAGCAGAUAAUCUAUACUCCCGACCCUGAAUUUGGAGGUGAUAGUCAGUUAACAGAGAUUUUGCGUGCUCUGAUCGAUCCAGAGAAAAUGCUGGACACAGCUAGUCAUUUAGAAAUAUUUGAAUUUCUCGAUAUCUUCUACGACCGUUACAUUCAUGUUCUUGCUGCGCCACUUCUGGCUAAUACAUCAGAAGAAUGGUGUGAAAUAGAAAAUAAUCAAACAGCAGAAAUACUUGCCUCAGUUUUGGAGCUGCUGUCUUUUUGUGCGGAACGGCACAAAUAUCACAUGAAGAUGUACGUUAUGAGCAAAGAUCUCCUAAGAAGAACGCUGGUCUUGAUGAAAUCCAAACACAAAUGUUUGGCCUUGUGUGCUCUUCGCUUUAUGAGGAAGAUACUUGGCCUGAAAGAUGAACUUUAUAAUCGUUACAUCACUCUGGGAAACCUGUUUGAGCCAGUUGUAAAUGCUGUGUUGGACAACAGGGACAGGUGCAACCUGCUCAACUCAGCCUUGCUGGAGCUGUUUGAAUUCAUCCAAACGGAGAAUAUUCAGUUCCUUAUUGCACAUAUAGUUGAGAACUUCUCUGAUGCACUGGAAUCUGUCAAAGACGUUCACACAUUCCAGGGACUGAAGACAAAAUAUGAGCAAGAAAAAGACCGGCAAAAUGAGAAACCAAACAGUGUCCCCUCUGUAUUGCCUGGUGAGACAUCUGUCAAAGAAGCAACAGGCUUACAGGUGGAUGAAAAUCUGCAGUUCAAUGAAGGUGAAGAGAAGGCAGAUCCAAUGCCACCAGCAAGCCCCAAAGGCUGCAAUCCAACGUACACAGCCCUGACCACAGUGAUGACACCACCCAAGAGAGGACUAUUUGAAAUAUUUGGUUAUCCAGAUGAUGAAGAGGCUGAGACACCUCCAAAGAAAAGAGCUCGUCAGGAUUCCUAA